CUGAUUGGUCUUCCGGUCCCAGUUUAAAAAGUAGCCCGCGGAGCAGCUGGAGCUAACGGCCGUGACUGUUUAUCGAUGUUUUUGCUUUAAAAACAGAAGCUGGAGAAUAAAACACGUCCAGAAGAUGAUGGAGUCUUGUUUAGCCGGGAAGCCGGAGAGAGUCGGACCGGUGGAGGUGGAUGACAUAAGGAGGGAUCUGCUGGGAGAAUUUGCUGCUCUGCCAGCACAGCAGGAUGGUGAUCAGUCACAGUCAGAGAACCUGCAGGUUUACCUGAGGGUCCGACCGUUCACUGUAGCGGAGAACGACAGUGGAGAGUCACAGGAGUGUGUGACCAUCGAGGGACCGGACACUGUAGUCCUGAAGGCUCCCAGGAGCUGUCAAUCACACCGACAGAGCGAGAAGUCCCUCCCACAGACGGCACAGAGGUUCACCUUCACACAGGUGUUUGGUCCAGAGGCCAGUCAGAGGAAGGUGUUUGAGGGUUCAGUUCGCGGCUCGGUCCGAGGCGUUCUGGAGGGAGGAAACACUCUGGUGUUCACGUACGGAGUCACCAACGCUGGAAAAACCUUCACAUUCCUCGGUCCGGAUCAUGACUCAGGUCUGCUUCCCAGGUCUCUGUCGGUCAUCUUCAACAGCAUCGAGGGUCGUCUGUACGGUCGCAGCGACCUGAAGCCUCAGCGCUGCAGAGACUUCAGCAGACUGACUCCAGACCAGCAGGCUGCCGAGAUCAGCAGCAAGAAGAACCUGCUGAGGCUGCUCAAAGAGAGCGACAAGAGUCUGACGUCUGGAAGAUCCACGUUUCUAGAAGGUUCGUCUCUCAGCACCGACAGCAGCCUGAACAGCGUCUCUGAAGCUGAUAGUUUCUGUCUGGAUGUUGACUCAAACGUCCGUUUCUCCGUCUGGGUUUCCUUCUGUGAGAUUUACAACGACAACAUCCACGACCUGCUGGACCAGGUUCCCAGUGGACACCACAAGAGGACGGUGCUGCGUCUGUCUCAGGACGUCAAAGGAAACUCCUUCAUCAAAGACCUGCGGUGGGUCCAGGUGAACAGCUCUGAGGAGGCCUACAGAGUGAUGAAGAUCGGGAAGAGGAACCAGAGUUUCUCCUCCACCAGACUGAACCAGCUGUCCAGCAGGAGCCACAGCAUCUUCUCCAUCAGGAUCCUCAGAGUGGACGACGUCGGAGUUCCCAGAGUCCUCGGCAUCAGCGAACUGGCUCUGUGCGAUCUGGCCGGCUCGGAGCGCUGCUCUCGGACUCACAACACCGGGGAGAGACUCAAGGAGGCGGGAAACAUCAACAGCUCCCUGCUGACGCUCGGGAAGUGCAUCAACGCCAUGAGACUCAACCAGAAUGCCAAGUUCCAGCACCACAUUCCCUUCAGGGAGUCCAAACUCACACACUUCCUGCAGUUCUUCUUCUGUGGUGCCGGCCGGGUCUCCAUGGUCGUCAACAUCAACCAGAACGCGUCCUGCUUCGAUGAGACGCUCAAUGUCCUCAAGUUCUCCGCUCUCGCGCAGAAGGUGGUGGUGCUGAACUCGCGGCCGUUGGUCCCGGACGACGCGCCGCACAAGUCGGCCAUGGAGCUGUCGAUGAUCAUCGACGAGGCCGACCGGCGCAGGAACGUGUCGGGGCGCGGCAGGAAGAGCUCGCUGGUUGCCUGGGAGACGACCCUGGAGGACGUGCUGGAGGAUGAGGACGGUGAGGAGUGGGAGGAGGAAGAGGAGGAGGAGGAGGAGGAGGAGGAGGAGGAGAGUAUGAUGGAGGGGACCGUGCUGGAGGCAGGAGGUGAGGAAGAGGACAGAACCAUGGAGGAAGAAGAGAAGCCGGACAGAGCGGCGGCGCUGCGUUUGGUUCUGGAGGCUCAGAUCAGAGAAGAAGUCAGCGCCGAGUUCAUGGAGCUUUUUAACAAGAUGGAGAAAGACUACAGUGACCGUCUGGAGAAGGAGAGGGAGAUCCUGGAGGAGCGAGCUGAGAAAAGAGUCGAGAUCCUGAAGAACCUCGUCAGCAAGACGGUCGACCUGUCUGCUGUCGACGCCGACCGCAGCAAGGAGGAGCAGGUGGCUCAGCUGGAGGGAAUCAUCAGCUCCAUGAGCGAGGACCUGGAGAAGAUCAGAGAGGACGCUCAGACUGUUCACCGCUGCCUGACUGAACACACUCACACUGCAGAGCUGGACGCGCUGCGAUUGGAGAAGCAGCAGUCACAUGACCAGCUGCAGGAAGCCAAGGAGAGUUUGGAGCAGCAGCAACAGAAGUUAUCGGAGCUGAUGGAGAUGUGUCGGCAGAAAGAUGACGUCAUCCACAGACUGCAGGCGGCGAUGGACAGCACGGUGGAGGACGCCACCAGAGACAGAGCUCUGGUGGAGUCGAUCAGGUCGGAGCUGCUGCAGCUUCAACAGAGCUGCUGCUGUCGGAGGAGGAUGGGGCGAGAGGAGGAGGAGGUGAAGGAGGAGAGCAGGAAACGGCAGCGUAACGACGUAGACAACGAGGAGAGAGGAGGACCGGCCAAGAAGAGAGUGGUUCUGGAGGAGGAGAUCUGGAGGCUCCAGGAGGAAAACGACAAGAAGGAGGAGACGAUCCUCCAGCUGAAAGAGAGGGAUGAGAGGAGGAGGGGGCUGGAGGAGGAGGUGGAGAGGGAGAGGACGAGGCUGGAGGAGGAGCUGAGGAGGAGGGAGGAGGAGGUGGAGCAGUUGAAGAAGGAGCAGGUUUUGUUGGAGCAGAAGGUUCAGGAGCUGACAGACCUGGACCAGUGUCCACACUGCUUCUCUGUCUUGUCGUCUCUGGAGUCGGAGCAGAGGGAGACGUCUCGGCUGACGAAAGAGAACAAAGCUCUGGUUAACGGCAUCUUCCAGCUGCAGACGGAGGUAACCUGUCUGCAGAAGGAGCUCAAAGACAAGACUGACAGGUCUGACAGCCUAUCAGAGCAGCUGAACACCACAAAGACCCGCCUCCAGGACCUGCAGGGCCAAUCAGAGGAGAAGACCAAAACCAUCAACAGCCUGACAGAAGAAGUGGAAAAUCUGAGACACGAGGAGGAGGAGGGGCGGAGCGGCAGCAGUGUUUUCUACGCUGCCAUGGAGGAGCUGAAGAAGGAGAGUCAGGCGGCGCUGCAGAGAUCAGCUGAGAAAUCACAACAGAUCCAGGAUCUGCAGAGAGAAACGAGUCGACUGCAGGAAGCUCUGACGCACAGUGAGAACAGGUGUGCUGAGCUCACGGAGGAGUUGGCCAAUCAGAGAGCAGAAUCCUCCCAUCUGAGGGCGGAGCUUGAGUCAGAGGGCGAAGCUCUGCGGGGGAGACUGGAGGAGAUGAGGAGAUCAGAAGAGGAGAGGAGGCGAGAGGAGGAGAGAGAGAAACAAGAGCUGCAGCGAGUCCUGACGGAGAAGGAGAAACUCGUAGGAGAAACUCGGAGACAGGUGGAGGCUCUGAAACAAGAGCUGGAGCGUCUGAGGGAGGAGCUGCAGAGGAGGGAGGAGGAGGAGGAGAAGGAGAACAGAGUGGAGGAGGAGAGGAAGGUGUUGGUGGUGGAGGAGCUGAAGGAGGAGAUGCAGAGACUGAAGGAGAGGAGGGAGAGACAACAGAUGGAGAAGGAGGAGGGGGAGGGAGGUGGGAGGAGCAGAGAGUUUGAGGCAGUGAGGAGAGAGAUAGAGAGACUGAAGAGACUGAAGGAGGAGAGGGAGAACCACUCACAGGACGUUCGUGUGUCUCCUCUGAGAUCCAACAUGGCCGACAGGAAGAAAAUCCCCAAAACCAGUGGGAGGAAGAGGAAGAGCUGCGAGGUGGAGGAGCUGGUGUUCAGUGAGAACAAGAGGAACAGAGGAAACGCUCGGACCAACAGACAGGUGAGAGGAUCAGAGACAGGUGGAGGUGAGACAGAGACCUGGUGUAAACAGACGGUUCAACCUGUGACUCUGUGUGUGAAGGAGAAGAAGGACGGGACUCUGCAGAAGAUCGGAGAGUUGAUCCACAGCUCUCCCUCCAUCCUGGGCAGCAAAGCUAAAACCAUCAUCGGCCUCGUCAGCGGACACUCGGCGGAGCAGAAGAACAAGCCGGAGACGGUUACCACGGCAACCAAACCCAGACGAGGACGCAGGAAGCUCUACAAGACGGAUGCCUCGUCGCCGCUGCUCGAGUCGCCGCACACGACGUGCAGAGGAGCCGAGGAGGAGAAGGAGAGCGACCACCUCAUCAUCCGGAGGCAGCUUCGCUCCAAAACCAGCAGGAAGUGACGUCGUCCUGGUCGUCGUCACGCGACAACGCUAACGCUGUGAGAGACGUCAGGGGAGGAAAACGUUUCUCUUCAGUGAGUCUGAGGGAGACGUUGGUUUUUACAUAUCUGUACAGUUUCAUUCUGAUUAUGCUUUUAGUUUUUUAAUUUCAGGACCUUUUUGUCGCUGGGGUCAAUAAAACACUGAGAGAAUGACCAAUCUUUUUAUAUAAAAAAAUAAAAAUGA